ACUUGACCAUCUGCCACACCUUUUUGUCAGAUAGCAAAUUUAGUAAAUCUUAGCUCGACUCGACAUUUAUAUCGCGUUACGGCGGAGUGUAGUUUAGAGUUGCAUGGCAAGUACAACUGUUUCAUAGGUCACCCGAUAUAUUGCCGUUUCGUGCGACAAGAUGGAUACUCAAUGUGUGUCAAAAGUAGAGCUUUCCAUCUCAUGCAGCAAUCUCCUCGACAAAGACGUUGGAUCCAAGUCCGACCCCCUCUGCGUGAUGCUGCAGAGCAUCGGGGAUGACAAGUGGACCGAGUUGGACCGCACGGAGAGGGUGAAGAACUGCCAGGACCCUGAGUUCUCCAAGAAGCUGCUCCUGGACUACCACUUUGAGAAAGUGCAGACGUUGAAGCUGGGUGUCUAUGACAUAGACAACAAGUCUGUUGAUCUGAAUGAUGAUGACUUCCUGGGGGGUUUUGAGUGCACACUGGGACAGAUUGUGUCCAGCAAGAAGCUUACCAGACCUCUACAAAUGAAGAAGGGUAAGCCUGCAGGCAAAGGCACCAUUACUAUUACUGCUGAGGAGAUAAAGGAUAACAGGGACAUAGUGCUGGAGUUGGAGGCUAAAGGCCUGGAUAAGAAGGACUUGUUUGGGAAAUCUGAUCCAUUCCUAGAGUUCUUUAAGCAAGAAGAUGAUGGCAAGUGGCAGCUGGUUCACAGAACAGAGGUUAUCAAGAAUAAUCUGAGUCCAUCAUGGAAGAAAUUCAGUGUGGCUUUGCAAACAUUCUGCAAUUGUGACAUGAGCAAACCAAUCAAGGUCCACUGCUCUGAUUAUGAUAGUGAUGGCUCGCAUGAACUUAUCGGUGUUUUCCAAACUAAUGUGUCGGAGCUACAGAAAGCUGGUUUGCCGGUGGAGUUUGACUGUGUCCAUCCAGAGAAACAGAAGAAGAAGAAGAGUUACAAAAACUCUGGAAUAAUCAGUGUCAAGUGCUGCCAGAUAGAGGCACGGUACACAUUCCUGGACUAUGUCAUGGGAGGUUGCCAAAUAAAUUUUACGGUGGGCAUUGACUUCACUGGGUCGAACGGCGACCCUCGAUCCCCACAGUCCCUGCAUUACCUGAGUCCUGACGGUCUGAACCAGUACCUGGCGGCCACCUGGUCAGUGGGCCUGGUGGUCCAGGACUAUGACACUGACAAACUCUUCCCUGCCUUUGGAUUUGGAGCUCAAGUGCCCCCAGAAUUCAAGGUAUCCCAUGAAUUUGCACUGAACUUCAACCCAAGUAAUCCUUACUGUCAAGGGGUCCAGGGGAUUGUGGAGGCCUACCGCAUGGCCCUACCUCAGGUGAAGCUCUACGGUCCCACCAACUUCUCCCCCAUCAUCAACCACGUGGCAGGCAUCGCGUCAGGGGCGGCACAGCAGAACAACGCAUCGCAAUACUUUGUCCUGCUCAUCAUCACCGAUGGGGAGAUCACGGACAUGGACCAGACCCGGGACGCUAUCGUCAAGGCCUCACGCCUGCCCAUGUCCAUCAUCAUCAUCGGGGUGGGCGAAGCCAACUUCAAGGCAAUGGAGCUGCUAGAUGGAGACGAAGGCAUACUCAAGUCCCUGAGUGGCGAACCCGUGGCCAGGGACAUUGUACAGUUUGUGCCCUUCAGGCAGUUUGGCAAUGAACCUAAGGAAGCCCUCGCCCAGAGCGUCUUGGCUGAAGUGCCAAAUCAACUCGUGUCCUACUUCAAGAUGCUGAAACUAGAUCCAGUCAAUGUUGCUGCCCUCAAGGCUUAGUGGAGCAAGCAGAACUGCAGCGCUUCCCCCUCCUAGCCACACGAGGGCGCCAACACACCACACAGGGAAAUGAGUAGGCCCACUAUCAGAAGUGUAAAUCACAUCCUGGAAUUCCUGUGUCAAUAAUCAUUGUGCCUUUUUGAUACCAAUUAUGACCACAUGUAACUGUAUUUUCUAUUUUAUUUUCUACAAUCAUAGAUAUUUCUUAUUAUUUUCUGCUUCAGAUAUUCUUCUUUCAUUCCUCUGAGUCUGGAAUUAACAAGGAGUUCAACAAGGGUGAUGAUCCAAAAUUGGGGAAAAGGAGGGCUUUAAUGCAUUUCAUGAAAUGCACCUUCAAAACAUUUGAUGGAAUAAAGUAGGCUACUCGCGCAACAAGAAAGGUUUAACUGGUGCUGUGUGUGUGUGUGUAAUAUAUGCACUACCAUUCAAAAGUUUGGGGUCACUUAGAAAUGUCCUUGUUUUUGAAAGAAAGGCACAUUUUUUGUCCAUUUAAACUAACAUCAAACUGAUCAGAAAUACAGUGUAGACAUUGUUAAUGUUGUAAAUGACUAUUGUAGCUGGAAACGCCUGAUUUUUAAUGGAAUAUCUACAUAGGCGUACAGAGGCCCAUGAUCAGCAACCAUCACUCCAUUGUUCCAAUGGCACGUUGUGAUCGCUAAUCCAAGUUUAUCAGAUUAAAAGGCUAAUUGAUCAUUAGGAAACCCUUUUGCAAUUAUGUUAGCACAGCUGCAAACUCCGCUACCAGAUGCCUCACAAGUCCUCAACUGGCAGCUUAAUUAAAUAGUACCCGCAAAACACCAGUCUCAACGUCAACAGUGAAGCCUUCUAGGCAGAGUUCAUCUGUCCAGUGUCUGUGUUCUUUUGCCCAUUUUAAUCUUUUCUUUUUAUUGGCCAGUCUGAGGUAUGGCUUUUUCUUUGCAACUCUGCCUAGAAGGCCAGCAUCCCGGAGUCGCCUCUUCACUGUUGACGAUGAGAUUGGUGUUUUGCGGGUACUAUUUAAUUAAGCUGCCAGUUGAGGACUUGUGAGGCGUCUGUUUCAAGUCCGUUAAGAUCAAGUUCUUACAAUGACUGCCUACCCCGGCCAAACCCGGACGUCGCUGUGCCAAUUGUGCGCUGCCCAAUCACGGACGGUUGUGAUACAGCCUGGAAUCGAACCAGGGUCUGUAGUGACGCCUCUAGCACUGAGAAGCAGUGCCUUAGACCGCUGCGCCUCUUGGUAGCUAUCUUAUGUGCCUUUUACUAAGGACUGGCUUCCAUCUGGCAACUCUACCAUAAAGGCCUGAUUGGUGGAAUGCUGCCGAGAUCGUUGUCCUUCUGGAAAGUUCUCCCAUCUCCAUAGAGGAAUUCUAGAGCUCUGUCAGAGUGACCAUUGGUCACCUCCCUGGUCAAGGCCCUUUUCCCCCGAUUGCUCAGUUUGGCCAGGCGGGCAGCUCUGGGACGAGUCUUGGUGGUUCCAAACUUCUUCCAUUUAAGAAUGAUGGAGGCCACUGGUCUUGGGCAGACAUUUUUUGGUAUCCUUCCCCAGAUCUGUGCCUCGACACAAUCCUGUCUCUGAGCUCUAUGGACAAUUCCUUUAACCUCAUGGCUUGGUUUUUGCUCUGACAUGCACUGUCAACUGUGGGACCUCAUAUAGACAGGUGUGUGCCUUUCCAAAUCAAUUGAUUUGACUCAAAUCAAAUUGUAGAAACAUCUCAAGGAUGAUCAAUGGAAACUGGUUGCACCUGAGCUCAAUUUCAAGUCUCAUCGCAAAGGGUCUGAAUACUUAUGUUUUAUUUUUUUAAACAUAAAAAUAAAUACUUAUGUUUUAUUUUUUAUAAAUGUGCAAAAAUAUCUAAACCUGUUCGCUUUGUUAUUAUGGGAUAUUGUGUGUAAAUUGAUGAAGGAAAACAUCUAUUUAAUCUAUACUGAAGUGUCAUACCUACAAAAAUGACUGUCCCCAGUUAUGUUUACAUGUUGGCGUUUGUGACGUAUCCACUUUCCAAGCAUAUUAACUGCAAGGUGGUGUAUAACAUCAGCUCUCAUACAGUGCAUUCAGGAAAGUAGUCAGGCCCCUUGUUCUAAGUUGUGGAAACAGUCAAGGAGUCUGAAUAGUUUCUGAAUGCAGAGAGCUGAGCUUAUACACCACCUUGCAGUUAAUAUGCUUGGAAAGUGGACGUGUCACAAAUGCCAAAAUGUUAACCUAACUGGGGACACAGUCAUUUUUGUAGGUUUGAAAGAAUAGCUAGCAAAAUAAUACAGGUAACUAACUCGAAAUCAAUCUAGCCAGCUAACUAACUUUGCUAACUGAAACAAAACUGACGAUGAAGUGAACGUUUUGGAUGUAUCCACUUUACAAUGGUGUUCUCAUGCUUGAGUUAGAAUAUCAUAGAAUGCUAAAUCAUUUUCAUACAUCUGCUGCAAUAGAAUGUAUGCCAUGGAUUAUACCAAAGAUGAAUGAGAAUUGCCUUAAGAGUAGCACUGUAGAACUUUUCAUGGAAUGUGUACUACUCCCAUUAAAAAACAUAUCAUUAUCAGGAAUUGCUAUUGGUCCAGAUGUUGUUAGAUACUUUCACCCAUUCUAUUGUCUUACUUUAUAGAGUUGUUCCACAUGAAUUAAAGAAAGUGGCUAUGUUUGA